CCUAGAAGUGAUCUACCUCUUGAGUACUGGGAAGACAGGUGUGUCCCACCACCUCCCUACUUACAAGUGUUAUUGAUACAACAUUUAUACUUUUAAAAAUGUUAAGAAACUUAUGAUGAAAAGUCAGAAAAUGUUACUGUAGAUUUCAUUGGGUUUUGUGAAAUUUUUCAUUUGCUUUGAUGGGAAGGGGGUAUUUAGAUUUGCUUUGGAUGGGUUUAAUAUGGAGGUUAGUAAGACAAAAUUAAGUGAUGCCUGCCGUCACUGUACUUUGAGUCUCCAGAUCACCAGAUCUUGUCUCUGUUUUUCAUAAACUGGCCCUACUUCCAACUGGCCAGUGAUUUGAUAACAUUCUUUGUCCAAUAAUGUAACUGAUGACAAAAGGGUAUAUUUAGGUAAAUAUAAAAUGAAAGCUAGCAUUACUAAGAGCUUACUAUGUGCCAAGCACCAUUCUAAGUGUUUCUAUGUGUGUAAAUGCCCCUCACCACACUGUGAGGUAAGUAUUAAUAACCCCCUCUUACAGAGGCACAAAGUAAAAUAAUUCCUUAUGAUUAAAAUUAGCAUCUGCCAAGAUCAAACCACAAAGAAUUGGUAGUUUGAAUCCAGAGCUAGUGCACCUUAACACUGCCUAUGCUGUGAACCAUGCAUUCUUGGAAAGUCUUCUAUGUUUACAGUCUUCAAUUCAGGGUCUUUUGGUUACACACAAUUUCAACAUAUUUUCCAAGCUCAGGAAACUCACUAGAAGCAUCUAAAACAAUGACUUUUUCUCACUUGACAUUAUCAGUGUAAUGCAUUCUGACAGCUGAAAUAACCGUGGUGUACAUUUUCUGGAGGCUUCAGCUAAUGGCUGUGCAGCCUUCCCUCCAAAUCCAGGAAAUAUGUUAUUCCCUUUGUCUCUGCCAGGUGCUCCAAUUAUGGAGAUUCUGGCUCUAGUGUCACUUUAGCACAUAGGGCGGGGCUGGGGGGCACAACACUAUAAACCCACUCUUCAGGCAGUGAGGGCAGGCUUAUUCUAUUGAUGUCUAGGAUUCGCUGCGGUUAUUCUGUGACUUUAGGAACGAGUUAAUUUUAUAGAAUUGCAUAAUGCAAGGAACAUAUGUCGUUCAAGAAACGUGCCUUGAGCACUCUAUCUUUACAAUAAAGGAGUCAAACGGGAAUCUGCACAUCAGGAGGGAAUCCCGUUGUUUAGAUGGGUAUUAGCAGGGUAUUUGAGAAAAUGAUAAUUAAGGCCUAAAAGGGCUUUAAUCGGAGAGGCUGCGUCAAAAAGCGUCAAGUCCACAAAUCGUUGGCUGUUCCUUUAAGCAGUGGAGCUGCUGCUUCCGGGAUGUGGGAGAAUGGUCAGCCUCUAGCCUGCGUCAGGAAGACACCCAGUGACGCUGAGCUCGGGGGUGUUUCUGGGUGGGGCUGCGCCUGCGCUGCGUGGAAGCUUCGCCAACGCUUGCGCUGUGGGAGCUUCCCAUGGUCUUGCGCGUGCGUACCGCCGCCAGUCCCCUCCUUUCAUACCCCUGGCGUGAGACAUGGUGUUGUCGGAGCUGGCAGCGCGUCUCAAUUGCACCGAGUACAAAAACUGGGUGAAGGCAGGACACUGCCUGCUGCUGCUGCGCAGCUGCCUUCAGGGCUUCAUCGGCCGCGAGGUGCUCUCCUUCCAUCAAGGACUGCUUGCUGCAGUCCCCGGCCUUGGUCCCAACGCCAUCUGCCGCGGCGGUUCCCGGUGCAACCCGCGUGCUCGCCAGUUUCAGCCUCAGUGUCAGGUGUGCACAGAGUGGAAACGUGAGAUCUUGAGGCAUCACGUCAACAGAAAUGGAGACGUGCACUGGGGAAACUGCCAGCCUGGCCUCUGGCCCGUGGACGCUUGGGAGGUAGCCAAGGCCUUCAUGCCUCGAGGACUGGCAGACAAACGAGGGCCUGAGGAAUGUGACGCAGUUGCUCUUUUAAGUCUCAUCAAUUCCUGCGAUCACUUCAGGGUUGACCGGAAGAAAGUCACAGAGGUAAUUAAAUGUCGGAAUGAGAUAAUGCACUCUUCAGAGAUGAAAGUAUCAUCUACAUGGCUUCGAGAUUUUCAGAUAAAGAUUCAGAAUUUUCUGAAUGAAUUCAAGAGUAUUCCAGAGAUUAUAGCAGUAUAUUCCAGAAUAGAACAGCUGUUGACAUCUGACUGGGCUGUGCACAUUCCUGAGGAAGAUGAACGCGAUGGGUGUGAAUUUGAAAUAGGAAGUCACUUGAGUGUGAGCCAGAUUCAUGAAAUUGAAAUGGAAUUGCUGAAGGAAAAACUGCAAGAGAUGUAUCUUCAAGCAGCAGCAGAAGAGAUGUUGCCAGAAGAGAUCGCAAAUCGACUGGGUGUGGUGAAAGCGUUUCUGAAAAACAAUGCAGAUCUCAGAAAUGGCCUUUCAGAAGACAUGCAGAAGCUAGACAGCCUCCAUCUACAGCAUCAAAAAGAAGUUUCAGAGGCCGAUGAGAGACAGGCACCUGAAGGAGAGGCUUGAGGUAAUUCCAUUAGACUGCUUCGUGUCACCUCCAGACUUUGCUGUGCUCUCAAACUGCCUAGAAGAAAUGUUCCAUGCCAACACUCAGCAAGGAUGAGAUUGCUCCUUCUCCUGGUCAGCUGCCUGCCCAAGUUGGACUCUGCAGACUGGGUGGAGUGAGAGAGAGAGACUGUAUUUGGCAUGUAUUUUGACUUUAGAACCCAAAUGUGCCUGUAGCUUGGUUAUUUCAUUUCCUGGUUGCUUUUUGUUUUUUCAGUCUUAUGUUUUCUUUCUCCUUUCAUUUUUUUCUCUUCUCAAGUUCCUUGAGAAGGCUUCAAGAGGAAAACAAGAUUUUGCAUUUAUUUUGCAACAUUGCCAAAGCAAAAAAAAAACUGUAAUGAAAUAUCUCUUCCUUCAAGAUCUGAGGUACAAAACAUAAAAGCUUGAUUCACUAACCCAUGAAGACCUGGUUUCUAAAGUUUGUCUUUAUCAAUCUAGCACAUACUUACCAAAUGUCAACCCUGUGCAAGAUACAAAUGUAAAUCUUCCACUGUGAUAAAUCAAGAGUAUUGUUUAGAAAACUUUAUAUUAGUAACGUUUUGUUGCAUUGAAACAGAAGGAAGACUCUUAUUUUAAGGGCUCUAAAGCAAGUGUGGCCUCUACUGAGGCAUUAGCCUCUAGCCAUCUCUUCAACAGAACUGCAUCUGGGUAGAGGGUAUGUACAAAUGGAUGCUCACCACAACGUUGAUACCUAGCCACUAGUAGAGAGGACCUGCUAAAUACGGCGUAGAACUUCUGCACUAUGUACUAUGCCAUGUAAUUGUUAGAAAGAAUGAGCCCGCCGGGUGGUGGUGGCCACGCCUUUAAUCCCAGCAUUUGGGAUGCAGAGGCAGGCGGAUUUCUGUGAGUUCCAGAUGUGCCUGGUCUACAAGAGCUAAUUCCAAAGCCACAGAGAAACCCUGUCUCGAGGAAAAAAAAAAGAAUGAGCCCAUGCUGCAGUAAUGUGAAUUACCUAUAAGGCAUCUAAAGUAAAGAAAAGGCUGAGGGGGGAGAUCAGCGGUGGGGCACUUGCUUGCCCAGCAUGCAUGAUGCCUUGAAUUAGAUCCCUACUCCACUGCCAAAUGCAGAUAAAUGGAGAAGCAAGGUGCUUAAUAAUACCUAGCAUGCUAAAAUGCUGUUUGGAUUGUAUAAUAACUGAGGCCUGGAAAGCCUUUUUUCCAAGUCUCUCUGUUGCAUUAUAUCCCAGAGGAAUUGGGUCUAUGGGGAGUAGUCGGAAGGAAUUCAGCUUUUGUAUUUUGUAUAUUGGUUUUAUAAUAAACAUGCACUCAUUUUGAAA